CUCAGUUCAGUUCAGUUCAGUCGGUUCGACCACGGUUCGUGUCGAUUUCGGAUUCGCAACCGUUCCGUUGUCAUUGUCGGAUUGGAUCGGAGAGGGUCUUGCAAGUAAAAUUCAUGUUAAUGAAUGUUAAUUUAUACAUUUGUAAGAAUCUAAAAUCUGUUUUUCCAUACACAACAAUUAUUGACGCGGCGGCAGCAGUAGCUGGCGGUGAUUUCGAAUUUUGAAAGCAGUCGCGCCCGAAACGUCGCUGCGAACGCAUCGAUCGGUAAUAACGGUAAAGCUAUAGCAUAACGCUGCGGUGAAAACUGGGAUAUUACCACGAUGGAUCCCGAGUUUGUGAACAAAUACAAUCAGGUCCUUAGUCGCCUGAAGCUGGUGGAGAACUUCGAUGGCACUGAUCCUGGCAAGCUGCCCCAGUUUCUGCAGAAAAUCGAGGCCCUAAUGCCGGCCAUAAAUAGUUUCGAUGACUACUAUAAAGCUCAGCUAAUAGGACAUAUAAAAAAUAAGUGCACGGAACGAGCAAGAGAAGCCGUUUUCACACGUCAAAUGAGUGCUCCCGUUGGCAAUGGCAAUGGGUCUGCAAAUGGCCACCUCCUGAAAGCCGAAUCCUGGCUGAAACUCAAGGAUCAGUUGCUGUAUAACUAUGCGGAAAGGGAGUCCAGCUAUUCGCUGAUACACAAGAUACGCAGUGCUGUUGUGGACUCGAACAUAGAGCUGUAUUACCAGAAGAUGGCCAAACUGAAGCACAGACUGAUCAAUAGAAAGCUAACGCACAACGACACUUUGUAUGGCCUCGAGGAUAUUGAGAGGAUCACGCUGCAGGUGUUUAGGGAUCACCUGCCCGAACCCACCCACUCGAUGAUCCUGCGUAGAAAUCCGAAGAGCAUGGAGGAGGCCUACCGCUACAUAGUGGAGGUGCAACAGCAGUUCUACACGCAGAGUGGAUCGCUGGCCAGCGAUAGCCAGGCGGCCACCUUCAGCACCAGCCACAAGCAGCAAUCCUACGGCGUGGGCAUGGGCGGAGUGGGCGUGGGCACCGUGGGACUGGGCGUGGGCAUGGGCGCCGUGGGUCUGGGCCUCUCCUCCUAUGCCCGCCAAAUGUCCUCGGACAAGGGACAGCUGCAGAGUAGCUCCCAAAAGAGCUACUACAAUCAGUCGGCACCGCCAGUGGGCGCCGGCAAGAAUCAUCCCAUGUUCAAGAGCAUCGGCAAUCCCACCUUCAAGUCCAGCUUCAGUUACAAUGGCAGCAGCAACAGUGGUUCCGGCAUGGCAUCCAAUUAUGCGAGUGGCAAGAAGGCGGACAUUAAGCAGAACUACCAGCAGCAGAAGAGCCAGAACUAUGCGAAGACCUCAUCCGCGAGUGCUUGGAAGAAGUAGCAUGGCUAUCCGAUCUCCCAAUCUAAGUAUGAGAUAAGCAGAUCGAGCAUGACCUAAUCCCUUGGAGCCUGUGACUAAGCCAAGGCAAAGUGCUUGCCACCUCAUGCUAAUUACCCUAAAACCUCACCCUCUAAUGCUGAUGAUGAUGUGGUCGAAGAUUAUAGGAUGUGAAUAUAGAUUAUAGUAAUGUGAGCAAUACUGUGCAAUGAGAUGGAGCUGAUGUUCUGUACUUACAGAUAAACAUAACAAAUAUAUCAGUAUCAGUCAAAUUUAAUAUGAUAAUGAUGUGAAUAAUUAAAUAAUACAAAUGUUAAUAUUAUAAAAAACAAUGCAACAAAUUAAAUACCUCCAUGAAUGAUAAUGUAUAAGAUUGCACAUGCAAAUAAUACAAAUGAUGUGAAUAUAGAUGAAGAUAAUACAAAUAAUAGAAAGUAAAGACAUUCAAAUUAUAGAAAGUGUGCAUACUGUUAAACAAAAUGAACAACAAUUAAAAAAGUAACAAUGUGGAUAUAAAAGGAGGUACAAAAAUUAUAAUAAUGUUAUUUAAUAUAAUUAAAAUAAUGUAAUUGUUAACAAAACUAAAGGGAUACAUUUAAUAUGCUUAAAAAUUAACGAUUAAAAUAUCUAAAAGUAUAUGACAUAAUAGUAUUUAAAAACGACGAAGAGUUGAUGGAAAUGAUCUUGUCGAUAAACAAGAUAAUGAAGCCGAUCAAAAUGAUCUGAGGUAUGAUGUUCAAUAAUGAUGACAUCGAUCGCGUGUCUAUCGAUGAUGAUCAAUCCGCAGACAGUAUGGACAUGUUAAUUAUUAGCUCAUAAGACUCGAGUGUACAUAGCCCCACACCUCAACCUCAGCCUCAGUCACAUUACCCCUAUAUAUCUCCCACAAAUCCCCUAUUUUAACAACAAUCGCCCACCUUCAAAUUUGUUUUUGUUAACAAUAAAGUGUAAAGUCUAACAGCCUU